UACAGAUGAUGAACUAAAUGGAAAGAUGUACACCUCACCUAUACUAAAUCUAGCUGCCACCUCUAUAUGCUACGCGAAGAAAGCUAAAGCAGAUCGCAUGGUAGUUAUCUGCAAGUCUGUUGUAUCCGGACAUAUUCGUAUGAAAGCUCGACCCCGACUCUCCGAGAAACUGGAAUUCAUUGAUAUAGAUCCUGUUGUGAGACAAGAGGUUCUGUAUAAAGAGGAGAAGAAGGUUCGAUCUAUUCGAGAUCAUCAGAUUGCUCUCAUACCUAGACUAAUCUACACUAAUCAAAUAGAUUCAAAAUGGGAUUCUAUCGCCAAGGACUCUUAAUAGUUAACAAUAAACUUCGUAGUUGUA